AUGAUUAAAACACAAACCUUUAUCUCUGUUCUGUUCUCUGUCAUUUUCUUAUCUCUCCCUUUCUCCUCGUUAGCUGCACCAGCGUCUUCGACCUCCGUCUACGAAUCCUUCGUUAAAUGUUUCUCCGACAAGACUAAAACCCCACAAGCCCAAAUCACCAAAAAUGUCUUCUCUCAGACAAACCCUUCCUACUCCUCCGUCCUCCGUGCUUACAUCCGAAACGCGAGGUUCAACACUUCCUCUACUUCUAAACCAACGAUCAUAAUCACCCCUCGCUCCGAUAGCCACGUCAGCGCCGCCGUCUUCUGCUCAAAGCCUCUAAACUUCGUCUUCAAGAUCAGAAGCGGCGGUCACGACUACGAUGGUCUCUCGUACAUCUCCGACAAACCCUUUUUCAUCCUCGACAUGUCGAAUCUCCGCAACGUCUCCGUUAACAUCGCUGAUCAAACGGCGUGGAUCUCCGCCGGAGCAACUCUCGGCGAGGUUUACUACGGGAUUUGGAAGAAGAGUAAAGUCCACGGUUUCCCCGCCGGAGUUUGUCCGACGGUUGGUGUCGGAGGGCAUCUGAGCGGCGCGGGGUAUGGAAACAUGGUGAGGAAGUUCGGUCUCUCGGUGGAUUACGUCGUGGACGCGAAGAUCGUCGACGUGAAGGGUCGUGUUUUGGAUAGGAAAGCGAUGGGUGAGGAUCUUUUCUGGGCGAUACGUGGCGGAGGAGGAGCUAGCUUCGGCGUCGUUUUGGGAUACAAGGUCAAGCUCGUUACCGUGCCAUCCACGGUGACUGUGUUCAGAGUGGAGCAGUAUAUGGACUCAGGAGCGGUGGAUAUGGUUCAUAAAUGGCAGUCCGUUGGUCCGAAAACGGACCCGAACCUCUUCAUGAGGAUGCUGAUUCAGCCCGUGACCAAGAAGAAGGUUAAGACGGUGAGAGCUUCUGUGGUUGCUUUGUUCUUAGGUAAAGCAGACGACGUCGUUUCACUUCUUGCUAAGGACUUCCCUGAGCUGGGACUAAAGAAGGUGGACUGCAAGGAGAUGAGUUGGAUUCAGUCUGCUUUAUGGUGGGAUAAUAAUGAGAACGCGACCAAGACUGAUCCCAAAGUGUUUCUUGAUCGGGAUCUUGAUUCCGCUACCUUCGGCAAGAGGAAGUCUGAUUACGUUGCAACCGAGAUACCUAGAAACGGGAUUGAGUCUCUGUUCAAGAAGAUGAUCGAGUUAGGGAAGAUAGGGCUUGUUUUCAAUCCUUACGGUGGGAAAAUGGCGGAGGUCGCUGAAGACGCAACGCCAUUCCCACACCGGAAGAAGCUGUUCAAGAUUCAGUACUCUGUGAACUGGAAAGAGUCGUCUCCAGAGAUAGAGAAAGGUUUCUUGAAUCAGGCUAAGACGCUUUACAGUUUCAUGACCGGGUUUGUGAGCAAGAACCCUAGGAAUGCUUACUUGAACUACAGGGAUGUUGACAUUGGUGUGAAUGAUCACGGGGCGAAUAGUUACAAGGAAGGAGAGGUGUACGGAAGGAAGUAUUUUGGUCAGAAUUUUGACCGAUUGGUGAAGAUUAAAACCGCGGUUGAUCCAGAUAAUUUCUUUAGAAAUGAACAGAGUAUACCUACCUUGCCAAGAAAGGCAUAG